GUAAUGAAAUCUGCUAGACUGCGAUAAUUUUCCCGCGGAGAUACGUUGGGGGAUGUUCUCUAUUUAAUUGUGCAAGUUUUCGGAUAAGCACAUCGCAGAGGAAUUGCUCCGAUAUUUUAUAUCAAGUACUUAAAGUACCUUAAAAAACUCGGCAUAACAAAAAAAGAUAUUGCUCGUAUCCAUGCGACAUUAAGGCCCGAUUUUACUAUUAACCGGAGCAAUCUGUCACAUGCCACCCAAUCAUAAUCGGCAACCGGAGCACACUAGAUUACUCUCCAUUCGAUCCAGAAAUAGCAACAGUUAUUAUUAUCCAUGGAUGGACACACGGAAAAGAUGUGCCUUGGAUAAAAGAAAUGAGAGAAGUCAUGGCUCAAAGCGGUUACUGGAAUGUGAUAGUGCUAGACUGGGGCGCCUUAUCACACUGCAUGUACAUAGAGCCAGGGUGCACACGCUUGUCGUGGCGAAGCAGCUGAGGCGCUUUCUACUGUUUCUAGUAGACAAUGCAGAUGUCAAUUUGGACGGUGCAUAUGAUUGGACAUAGUAUGGGUGCCCACAUUUCUGGAGAUGCUAGUAGACAAAUUUGGAAGAGAACUGGUCGGAAAAUUGGUAGGAUCACAGGCUUGGAUCCUGCAGCUCCUCUCUAUGAAUGGCCGCACGUCGAGUCUCUCGAUGAGCUUUUGGAUCGAACAGACGCAAAUUUCGUUGAUGGAAUUCAUACAAACGGCCGCCAUUUGGGCGUGAUGACGCCUGUUGGACACGUAGACUUUUACCCUAAUGGAGGAGAGGCCCAGCCUGGUUGUCCGCUUUGGGUGUGUAGCCACAUAAGGGCUGUCGAGUAUUGGAUAGCAUCUCUAUCGAAACCGGACCUGUUCAAGGCCUAUCCGUACGACGCCUAUAACAGACACCUGGAAGAGAGGAUUGGAGAACAACCCCUUACCGCUUAUCCAAUGGGAAUUGACGCAAACCCUAAUAUGCCGUUCGGAGUUUAUUACGUCGAUACAGCUUUUGAGUACCAGAAAUACGUGCAUAGCGUGACGUCGCUUAUCGAUAGCCUUGUCUGAAUAAAGUGGAAAUAUGUGAA